AUGGAUCCAGUGAUUAUAAAAGUGGAUACAGAAGCGGAAAUUCUACCACGAUAUCAAGGGUUUCUAAACACCAUCUUGAUCCAUAUACAUGAUGAGAUCGAGGAACUGGUUAUCGAUCAGAACGGGGACUUAACACUUUUAGGAUCGUAUUCUACUCCUAAUGUUUCUUUAAUCCUAUCUGAACCACCUUCCUUUUCUCCAAAUUACAUCUCUCAACUACUUCACAAUUUUUACAUCUCGGAAACUCGACUUUGCCAAAUUUUGGGUCAACUGAUCGCUCUUGCUUGUGCUUUACUUCACGGACCAAGACCUUUUCUAUUGUCGCUCCACGUCAAACUGACCAGACGUUUUCUGGUUAUGUUUCCACCGUCCGUUACUUCUCCGUCAAGAGCUGUUUCUGAUCAUGUGUUACAAAGAUUGGUGGACGAACAGAGAGUGGAAUUAAUUGAUUUGGGAAAAGAAGAUAAAGAGUGUUCGAUUUGUAUGGAGAACUUGUCCGAAACAUCUAGUCGUGAAAAAGUCAUAAGGAUGCCUAAUUGUUUACAUCUGUUUCAUCAAGAUUGUAUCUUUGAGUGGCUUAAGAUUCAGAACUCGUGUCCGUUGUGUCGUCGAGUUCUGUACGAAGAUGAUGAUCACGAAGCCGUGCCAGAGACUCCAAGAUUCGCUUAG